CAGAGACAGUGAACUGAGUGAUAGGUUACAGACGAUCGCGGACUAAUAACGUCUUACUGGACUUAUACGAAUGACUAUACUAUACGAUAUAAUAGUAGCAUACAUCGACAGAAUUGUUACGAAGCUUGGUGUUUGACUGGGUGUGUGAUAAUGGGGCCAGUUAGCUAAACGAAGGCACUGCCGCCCAAGUGUGCUAACGUUAGCCAGAAAGUGAUUGAGUUACCUCGGCUUGCUUGACAAGCAUCGGACACGAGUAGCAGGGCAACGUAACUUGCUUGACUUUGAUCCGUCAAGGCUGACUGUUUUUCAUCCCGGUGAAAGUAUUCCUUGGGCAUAUUCAACAAAUGUCUAGGGGAUGAAAGUCUGCACUAGUCUUUAGGGAUCAAGGGUCAAAGGUGAGAGUUCAGCCAUGAACUCCGUGUCCCCCAGCUCAGCCCAGUAUGUCGGCGAGAGCUCCGAGACGAAGGGCGGCCACUUUGGGCACGUUGCCGAUGGCAACCGCAAUGAGGGGGAGCCAGACGAGGUGGACCGUCUGAAGACCAAACUGAUGUCCGCCUGGAACAACGUCAAAUACGGCUGGUCGGUCAAGUCCAAGACCUCCUUCAACAAGACCUCUCCCCUCUAUCUGCUUGGACAUUCCUAUCUGUUCAACCGUGAAGAUGAGGUGGAGCGCUUCUCCCUGGCGUUCGUGUCUCGUCUCUGGUUGACCUACAGGAAGGACUUCGCUCCGCUCGACGGGGCGGGGUUGACCUCCGACUGUGGGUGGGGCUGCAUGCUGCGCAGCGGGCAGAUGCUACUGGCUCAGGGGCUGCUCACGCACCUCAUGCCCUCAGGGUGGCAGUGGCCCGACUCGCCGCCCCUCACCGACGUGGACUUUGAGUUCCUGCGCCCGCGCUCCCCCUCCAAGACACUAGGGGGCGUUGUGUCCAUCCCCUCCCUCUCCUCCUUCUCCUCCUCUUCCUCCUCUUCCUCCUCCUCCUCUUCCUCGCUCCCGGGUCCCCCCCCGCCGCCGCAGGCGCCCCCCAAACGAGCUCCGAGGCCCGCGGGGGACCCCGUCAGUGAGGCGCUGCACCGUAAGCUGGUGUCCUGGCUCGGGGAUCACCCGGGCGCGCCGUUCGGCCUCCACCAGAUGGUGGCGCUGGGGAGGAGCGCCGGGCGGCGGGCCGGGGACUGGUACGGGCCCUCGGUGGUCGCGCACAUACUCAGGAAAGCUGUGGCUACCACUACUGAGGUGCAGAAUCUAGCGGUGUACGUCGCCCAGGACUGCACAGUAUAUAAAGAAGAUGUGGCGCACGCGUGUGAGGGAGAGGGUGACUCGAGUUGGCGGUCCGUCAUCAUCCUCGUCCCGGUCCGACUGGGCGGAGAAACACUCAACCCCACCUACAUCCAGUGUGUUAAAAACAUUUUAAAGUUGGACUGUUGUAUCGGAAUCAUUGGGGGGAAACCAAAACACUCCUUGUUUUUCAUUGGCUUUCAAGAUGAGCAACUGCUGUAUUUGGAUCCACACUACUGUCAGCCCCUGGUGGACGUCACCCAGAGCAACUUCUCACUGGAGUCGUUCCACUGCACCUCUCCCAGGAAGAUGAGUGUGAGCCGCAUGGACCCCAGCUGCACAAUCGGCUUCUACGCUCGCAGCAAGAAAGACUUCGAGUCGCUCUGCUCAGCCGUGGAAGGGGCUCUCUCUUCCUCAAAGGAGAAGUACCCCAUCUUCACCUUUGUAGACAGGGGGAGCCAGGACUUCAGAUUGGACGAGCCUCCUGAGGCUCCGCCCUCUCACAUCUUACCACCCAAUCGGAUGGCCAGUAGUAAAAAGCGUGGCAGCUCUGAUGACUUUGUCCUGCUGUGACCUACGGCAUCUCAGGAGGGACACACUGAACUACGGCAUCUCAUAAGGGACACACUGAACUACGGCAUCUCAUGAGAGACACUGAACUACGACAUCUCGGGAGGGACACACACUGAACUACGGCAUCCCAUGAGAGACACACUGAACUACGGCAUCUCAUGAGAGACACACUGAACUACGGCAUCUCAGGAGGGACACACACUGGACUACGGCAUCUCAUGAGACACACACUGAACUACGGUAUCUCAGGAGGGACACACUAAACUGAACUGAUCUGAACUGGCCAAUGAAGGUGCCCUGAUGAUGCUGCCCUCGUCAAGAGCUUGCUGGACUAACUAAGACGGGGCGUGUGUGUGUGUGUGUGUGUGUGUGUGUGUGUGUGUGUGUGUGUGUGUGUGUGUGUG